GCGCGCAGCGCCCUCGGCGGCAAAGCGGGCGCGGGAGGCGGCGGCGACGGGGACCUGGUCACACCAUGGGCAAGAAGCACAAGAAGCACAAGGCCGAGUGGCGCUCGUCCUACGACGACUACCCAGACAAGCCUCUGGAGAAGCCGCUGAAGCUGGUGCUGAAGGUAGGGGGCAGUGAGGUGACGGAGCUGUCGGGCUCUGGCCAUGACUCCAGCUACUACGACGACCGGUCCGACCAUGAGCGCGAGAGGCACCGGGAGAAGAAGAAGAAGAAGAAAAAGAAAGCGGAGAAGGAAAAGCACCUGGACGACGAGGAGCGAAGGAAGCGCAAGGAGGAGCGGAAGCGGAAGCGUGAGAAGGAGCAUGGGGACUCGGAGGCGGAGGCCGAUGUCUUCGAGCCGGGCAAGAAGGUGGAGGUGGAGCCGCCCCCCGACAGGCCUGUCCGAGCCUGCCGGACGCAGCCAGCUGAGAACGAGAGCUCACCCAUUCAGCGGUUGCUGGAGCACUUCCUGCGCCAGCUGCAGAGGAAAGACCCACACGGCUUCUUCGCCUUCCCGGUCACGGAUGCCAUUGCUCCCGGGUACUCGAUGAUUAUUAAGCAUCCAAUGGAUUUUGGCACCAUGAAAGAAAAGAUUGUCUCGAAUGAGUACAAGUCAAUCACCGAGUUCAAGGCCGACUUCAAGCUCAUGUGUGACAAUGCCAUGACGUACAACAGGCCAGACACUGUGUACUACAAAUUAGCCAAGAAGAUUCUGCACGCCGGCUUCAAGAUGAUGAGCAGAGAGCGGCUGUUAGCUUUGAAGCGCAGCAUGUCGUUCAUGCAGGCCAUGGAUUUCUCUCAGCAGGCAGCGCUUCUGGGCAGCGAGGACACGGCUGUGGAGGGGCCUGUGCCCGAAGUGGUCCCCGUGCAAGUAGAAGCUGCCAAGAAAUCCAAAAGGCCGAGUAGAGAAGUGAUCAGCUGCAUGUUCGAGCCUGAGGGCAGUGCCUGCAGCCUGACCGACAGCACCGCUGAGGAGCACGUGCUGGCACUGGCAGAGCACGCGGCUGAUGAAGCCCGCGACAGGGUCCACCGCUUCCUUCCGGGAGGCAAGAUGGGCUACCUGAGGCGCGCUGGAGACGGCAACCUGGUCUAUAGUGUGGUCAAUGCGGCCCAGCCCGACGCAGACGAGGAAGAGACGCACCCUGUGGACCUGAGCUCACUGUCCAGCAAGCUGCUACCUGGCCUCACCACGCUGGGCUUCAAGGAUGAGCGGCGGAGCAAAGUCACCUUCCUGUCCAGCACCAGCUCUGCACUCUCCAUGCACAACAACUCUGUGUUCGGCGACCUCAAGUCAGAGGAGACAGAACUGCUCUACUCGGCCUACGGUGACGAGACGGGUGUGCAGUGUGCACUGAGUCUGCAGGAAUUCGUCAAAGAUGCUGGGAGCUACAGCAAGAAGCUGGUAGAUGACCUCCUGGACCAGAUCACGGGCGGGGACCACUCGAGGAUGCUCUUUCAACUGAGGCAGAGGAGAAGCAUCCCCAUGAAGCCCCCGGAUGAUGUCAAGCCUGGUGACACCCUGGGAGACGGUGGCUCCGUCUUGGAUUUUGUGUCAGUGAAGCCGUACCCUGACGUCUCCCUAGACAUGACUAUGCUGGGCACCCUGGGGAAGGUGAAGAAGGAGCUGGAGCCAGAGGAUGGACCGCUGCCCCUGGACGAAACAGCCAAGCUGCUUCAGGAGCUGCAAGAGGCGCAAGCGGAGCGUGGAGGCUCACGGCCCUCGUCCAACCUCAGCUCACUGUCCAACACUUCCGAGCGUGAGCACCAUGGACUGGGGAGCCCAUCACGCCUCAGUGUCGGGGAGCAGCCAGAGGUGGCCCACGACCCGUACGAGUUCCUCCAGUCUCCAGAGCCUGCUCCCUCCGCCAAAAGCUGACCACGUGGCCAGGCAGUACCUUAUGAGUCUCACACGUAGCAUUCUCACCAGCACAGCUGUGUGUCCCUGGGCCUGGAAUGUGGGGGAGCAGCCUGGGGUGCAGGCACAUCCCGUUUGCACAGCUGUCCCACGUGCAGGCUGGGUGGGGCUGGGGCUGGCAAUGGGUAUGGUCACCCGUCCCCGGGUGCUGUGUCACUAGGGCUGUGUGGGGUUGGGGUAUGGGCUCAUUCCCCGGUCCACCCUGGUGCCUCUCGGUUUUUGCCGAACCCCCAGGUGCAAUAAAGAGGCUGAGCCUUG